GUGUUUGAAUUGAAGUGUUUGGGAAACUCCACUUGAGAUAACAAGAUUUGUGCAUAUCAUUUCUGUUAAUAGAAUGAUGGACUUUGUAUAAACCUGUAUUGUCCAGAGAGAGGCUGGACAGCAGAAGACGUACAUUUGUGGGGAAAAUCUGGGAUGGGAGUAUGCUGGUGUCACUCUACAGUUUAAUUCAGGUUGGUAAAAGCCUAGCUGUGGCUGGCAGGCUGCAAGUGCACACAGACAUAGCUGGGAGCGACUUACAUGCUGGAGGCUGUUUGUGAGCAGUCCUGAUGGGAAGCUACAGCCGCAAAGCAGUGUAAAGGGCACACCAGGCAGGCGUGAAACAGCUACUCGCCAGUCUAGAUUGUACUGUGGGAAGGUGACAAAUGCCAUUUACAGGUAAGAAUUUUCCCCCUGAUUUCUGACUCCUCUUAAAUCAUGGUCACAAUUACAAAAAUAAGAACAAUGACUCAAGACUGCACCAAUACUUUCAGCCUCUGUGGGCUGACAUAUGGUUCAGCGAUGCAGGAAAUCAAGAAUAAGGCUGCCAUUUUCUCACUGCAUUUUGAUUAUCAAGUGAAAUGUUUGACUAUCAGAACCAAGAGUUAAUUGUUACGCUAAAACUUACUCCUGGUGCAGCUUCCCCACAUAUCAUCAAGAGUUUCCACAACUCUAGUAAGGAGUUUAGGUUAUAUCACAGGCUGACUGGUAUAAAGCUAGUAUUGAAACUAUUGUACUUUGUACUCUUGACAGGUUAUGAGCUUCAUGGUAUGGAAAAAAUUCCGGAAGGACCAGGGCUUAUAGUUUAUUACCAUGGAGCCAUUAAUAUAGACUACUGCUACUUCGUCUCUAAUCUUUAUAUACAGACGGGAAGACUCUGUUACUCAGUAGUUGAUCACUUCUUUUCUAAGUUACCAGGAAUAGAACUGUUUUAUAACCUGUUUCCCGCAGUGCAUAGUGGAAGAGACGAAAGUGUUGAAAUUCUGAAGAAAGGCAACUUAUUGGGUGUCUCACCAGGUGGAACUCGAGAAGCAUUCUUUAGUGAUGAAAACUACAACCUCCUGUGGGGUAAUCGCAAAGGCUUUGCUCAAGUGGCCAUAGAUGCAAAAGUGCCCAUCAUCCCUUUGUUUACACAGAAUAUUCGGGAAGGAUAUAGGACAUUUGGAAAAAUAGGGUUUUUUAGGUGGUUCUAUGAAAAUUCUCGAUUGCUACUCAUUCCUAUGUAUGGAGGGUUCCCAGUCAAACUUCGCACAUAUGUUGGAGAUCCCAUUCCAUAUGAUCCAAAUAUAACCGCUACGGAACUAGUUGAAAAGACAAAGAUUGCCAUUGAAAAACUAAGAGACAGACACCAAAAACUACCAGGAAGUAUACUAAGAGCUCUGUUGGAACGAUUUGAUAAUCAUCAGAAAGAAGACUAGUGUAUUUAAAUAUUGUUAAAUAUUAAAAACUGUUAUUGUAACUUGUGGGAAGAAAAACUGUAGUUUUCUUAAAAGUACAAGAGACUGCAAACUACAUGUAUCAAUCAUUCAAUCAUAUCACUGCCUUAAAAUCUCUCUCUCAUCUAGUCUGGCAACUUCAAUCCAAAUAAUAAAAGAAAAGGAAAUUAAGAGGUUCAUUAUCCUGAGAGAAAUUGAUUAGAGAUUGUUAAACCAGAUGACAGCAGACAUUAUUCUGACAUAAAACUUAGAGCUUGUGUAGCAUUAGGAACACACUGCGGGGAGCUGAUUAUAGAGGGAGUCACCAUUAGAAAAUUUUGGUGUUUGGUCUGUUUCCAGUUGUUGAUAGGAGAAAGACAGCCCAUGUCCACACCAGAUGAGAGAGAGAUGAGGAGACAUUUUGGCUAUAACACACUUAACUGUAUUAUAAUAUUUAAUAAAGGUGCAAAUAAAUUU